AUGCAGCUAUUGAACAUCAUCACCAUCGCAGCACUGGCUUGCCACGCCCACGCCAGGGUAUUCCCCGAACCACCGGCAGGCCAUACGCUUCGAGGCCUGGAGAACCGAAUCGACUCUACGGGUGGAGACUCCAGAUUCUCUGGGGAUGAUGAAGAUGAUGACUGGGAAUUGGAUGAUGAAGAUGUAGCUGAAAUAAAAUCAAAGGGGGGGCUCGAGGUCGAGGGUACUUGCUCCAGCGACAAAGGAUCUUGUAUGUUCAAAUAUAAGCACAAAAGCGGAAAGACUCGUACAACGAAGCGAGAGUGCAACGAAGGAAAGGGGAAGUGCGAGUCCGACGGCUACUGUGGCUUCAACAAAGGUGCAGGAGGGGGCAUCAUUAUAUGCUAUGCUAAAAAGCCGUCCUUCGAUUGA